UUAGUGCCCACAGAAAAAGGAAAAUGGAAUCAAUAAAAAAGAAAGUUCCAAGUUGGGGUGAAAUGUCUCAGCCUCCAGCCUGUGGCCAGAUAAUCUUGAACCACCACUUCAGAGGGCAGCCUGGGAUGAGCUGGGAUCAAUUCCAAUCUGCUUGAGACUUCAGCCAGACCACCUUGAUCUCUGAUCUUGUCAGGUCUCAUCAGAUAAACCAGUCUGGAUGAAAGGAGCUCCCAGUUUGCUGCAGGAAGUGCUAUUGUUUAGUAGAGGGGAGGAGAGAGCGGGCAGGAGAAUUGUCCGGACAACAUAUCUGAAGUGGCAAGAGUUAAAAAGCACUAGGAGAGGUGAAUCCAGCUGUCUCUGAAGCUCUCAAGGAAAGGGCUGGACGCUGCAGAGAGAUGUCUCUGGGGAGCACGAGUUCACUGAUGGUUACCUGCAAGGCCAGGUUUGGAGUAGCAGGGUCCUGAAGAGUUUGCUGACAAGACAAACAAGCUGGUGUGUCAGGGAGCUGUCACACAUCUUUGCAGUAGCAAAACUCUUGCUGAGGCUGAGAGCAGAACACGGUGUUGUGGAAGUGAGUCUCUAGGUGGUGGUGAAUGAAAAGAGUGCAGUGACUUCAUGGACCAGCUCAGGAAAUGUUUUCUACGUCUACUGAAUCUGAAUCUGUACUGCCUGUGAGAGGCAUAAAUGUUCAGCAGCCAUGUUCUGCCAGAGCAGCUAGGUUACCCUCCUGUUAGCUUCUCCAGGCCAUUUUUAGCAGAAUGGAAAGUCUGAGUGAGCUUCAGAACCCACUGCUGGCCAAGAGCAGCAGGCAUCUUCACGGUAGCUACUCCUACCAUCAGCAUCACCCUAGUCAUUGCUGCCAGGGGAAACUUUACAUCUUUCAAAACACUGGCAGUGCCAGGACUCACCAGCUGCUGGAUGCCAGUUCUCUGCAGCUGGCCGUUGAAGCAUUGUAUGGUCCCAGCUUCAUCCUGGUGAAGGAUGAGACCAGUCUCAAGGCCAAGGACAACAAAGGGGAGAGCUGCGAGACGACCUUCAUGGAAAACAAAGAGGCCCCCUCUGAGCCUGAAGAUGGGCGAGAAAAACAAGGGCCAUGCCAGAUGGAGAGUGACAUCAGAAUCCAAACAGUGUCCUAUGAGGUGGAGGAGGAGGAAUUCCAGGAGUGUGAGAGUGACUCCUCGAGUGACAGUGAAAGUGAGGAUCAUUUCCUGAUGCUGCCCCCACGAGACCACCUGGGCCUGGCCAUUUUUUCAAUGCUCUGCUGCUUCUGGCCCCUGGGAAUCGCUGCCUUCUACUUCUCCCAUAGGACCAGUAAGGCUGUCUCCAAGGGGGACUUCCACAUGGCAAGUUCAGCCUCCCGGCGGGCCCUCUUCCUUGCUGCGCUCUCCAUCACCAUCGGCACAGGGGUCUAUGUUGGUGUGAUUGUAGCACUGAUUGCUUAUCUAUCCAAAAGUGGCCAUGUAUAGCAGAGACCUUCACGCCAAAGCUCAGCACUCUGCACCCAAAGGCCAAUGCUAGUGGGAUUCACGCUUUUGUAUGGAGCAUAGGACACAACACUUGCAAGGGCUGCUGAGCAGCUCCAUGAGUGGAGGGAUCCAGGCUUGGAUGCGCUGUACAGGGUCUUUCCCUUUUACAUGAACAGUAGACUCCAUUCUCCUUUACACCUUGGACAGCUGGCUAACAACAUCUUGCUAGUAAAGAACUCCGCACAGGCUGAGAGUCCUGGAUUCUGAGGCUGGGAGGAGCAUGUUUCACUUAAGGAAGAAUGUGGAAGAGAUCUUUUUAGUUCAUCGGCAGGGCCUGGUGCAGCCACUUAUAGUUUUCAAAACAACAUGUUCAUGUUCUAGUCCUGCACUGUGAAUCCCACCACCUAGUAUAUCAUAGCCCUGGUCUGAUUUUGAGGCACAUGGGGAAGAGAGGACAGGGGGCAAUUAGUUCAUUGCUUGCUCUUCCUUUUAGGAGAGUGGGUUCACAGGCUGAUUGCAACAGAGAUUGGUCAGGGCUCCUGGUGUGGGGAAAACACUUCAGUUUUAGUGCCACAGGCUGGCAACUGUCCCUUUAAUUGCCAUAAACUAGGAGGACACAGUGCAGCCCUAAAUAAAGAGAGAGCUCUGGGACUCAGUCUGCAGAACCUCAGCUAUCAGCUCUACCACCAGGCUUUACCCUAGUCUCAUUUACCAAGCCAUGGCUCAGCCCUUGGUGAUUCAGACCUAGCUCUGGAGUCAUACAUCCAUUCUAAACAAGACAACGAAAGGUCAUUGGGGUUGGUAAUUGUGUGUCAUCAUUUCACAUGUAGAAGCUGGUUGGGAAAAGCCUCACAAGUCUUGUGUAUUAUCGUCGUCACAGUAGCACCUAGUGGCCCAACUGUUGUGCUAGGUUCUAUAAAGACACACAGUAAGAACUCUGGCUCCAAAGAACAUACAGUCUGUCUCAGGAGCCAGAACAGACAAAGGCCGUGUGUGAAAUGGAGGCACUGAGAGCUGACAGGGUCACUGAGAUCAGGGGCCUCAGGGGCCACAGAACCCUAGGCUGGAGUGCUAGGCCCUAGGCUACGUACCUCACCUUUAGCUUUAGCAGUGAGCAAUGAAACACUCCAGGUACUGCCAUUUAGGCCAACACCCAGAAGAAAAUAUCCUGUUCUGCCCCCAGUGCAUCUUCUUCCGGGUAAAUAACAACCCCCUCUACUGGAACUGGCCUGAUCCCAUUAAGGCUGGUCACAGACAAAUAAGGAGAUCAACAAAAAAAACCUCUUAACUCAGCUUUGUGUAUAACCUCCUGCCAAAAAUACUGUUUGUCACUGGACAAAAACCAGAGAAGGAGAAAAUAUAUGUUCCAGGGUUGGAGACUGAAUGACAAGCGAUGGAGACAAAACCCCAGGUGGGGAGCAGGAAGAAGUGUCUGUGUAAGGCUCUGUGCUGGAGAGGACCCACACUGGAAAUGCCAGUGCCACUUAGCCCUGCUUACAGCCUAUUACUUGUAUGUAUAGUGCCAGUAACACGCUAAGUGCUUCACAGACGGAUGUGGAGGCACCGUCUUUGCCCCAAAAAGCUUACAGUAAAGAGACACUUUCUGCUUCAAACUGAGCUCCACUUUGUGCCUCAGACGCCACAUCUUAAACCCUCCUCACCUUGGCCAGUCCUCCCUGCACUUCUUUCCUGGCCUCCCCACACCUCACCAUGAUGGGGUGUAGGCAGGCUCCCAACUCACCCCUCCUCCCUGUGGCUUCUGUGCACACUAUAGCACAUUCUGUAAGAAACUCAGCAUGUUCCUUGAUCCGUGUAUUGUUCAUAUGUACAUUUCAUUCUAAAACAGCAUGUUAAUAUCUGACAUUUCUGUUGUACUUGAGCCAUAAAAGAAGAAAACAUACAAGAGAAGAGACCUGUUCAGAAGCUUCUCUGAAGAUCCCAUUAUGUUUUAUAAGAUGAAAGAGUUAAUA